CCACGGAGGAGGCGGCGGCUGCACAGGCUCGGUCCAGCGUGCAUCCCCAGGCGCCCCGAGAGGCGGAGAGCGCGGAGGGCGAAGGGAGCAGCAGGACAGGAGUGGACAAAGCAAGAUGGCAGGGAUCUUAGCCUGGUUCUGGAACGAGAGGUUUUGGCUCCCGCACAAUGUCACCUGGGCGGACCUGAAGAACACGGAUGAAGCCACCUUCCCGCAGGCUGAGGACCUCUAUCUCGCCUUCCCUCUGGCCUUCUGCAUCUUUAUGGUGCGGCUCAUCUUCGAGAGGUUUGUAGCCAAACCAUGUGCCAUAGCUCUCAGCAUUCAGGCCAAUGGACCACAAAUUGCCCAGCCAAAUGCCAUUCUGGAAAAGGUCUUCACUGCCAUUACAAAGCAUCCUGAUGAGAAGCGACUGGAAGGUCUGUCCAAGCAACUGGACUGGGAUGUUCGCAGCAUUCAGCGCUGGUUUCGACAAAGACGCAACCAGGAGAAACCAAGCACACUCACCCGGUUCUGCGAGAGCAUGUGGAGAUUUUCAUUUUCCCUUUAUGUAUUUACCUAUGGAGUCCGGUUCCUGAAAAAGACCCCCUGGUUGUGGAAUACAAGGCAUUGCUGGUACAACUACCCCUAUCAGCCACUCACAACUGACCUUCACUACUAUUAUCUACUGGAGCUGUCCUUUUAUUGGUCUUUAAUGUUUUCCCAGUUCACUGAUAUCAAAAGAAAGGAUUUUGGCGUUAUGUUCCUGCAUCACAUUGUAUCUAUUUUCUUGAUCACCUUUUCAUAUGUCAACAAUAUGGCCCGAGUGGGGACCCUAGUCCUUUGUCUUCAUGAUUCAGCUGAUGCCUUUCUAGAGGCUGCCAAAAUGGCAAAUUACGCUAAGUUUCAGAAAAUGUGUGAUCUCCUGUUUGUUAUGUUUGCCAUGGUUUUUAUCACCACACGCCUGGGUAUAUUUCCUCUCUGGGUGUUAAAUACCACAUUGUUUGAAAGUUGGGAGAUCGUUGGACCUUUCCCUUCCUGGUGGGUUUUUAACCUACUCCUGUUGCUAGUACAAGGCCUGAACUGCUUCUGGUCUUACUUGAUCAUAAAAAUAGCUUGCAAAGCUAUUUCCAAAGGCAAGGCUGGGAAGUGGAACCCUUUACAUGUGUCCAAGGACGAUCGAAGCGAUAUUGAGUCCAGCUCAGAUGAGGAGGAUUCGGAACCUCCAGGAAAGAACCCCCACACUGCAACCACCACCAAUGGGACCAGUGGUACCAAUGGGUAUCUCCUGACUGGCUCGUGCUCUGUGGAUGAUUAAUUACUCAAAACUACAUGUCCUGAACAAAGUGAACUGUUUGUUCCUGGAAGUAUUUAAUAAGUCGCAAAUGCGGUUCCUUUCAUAAUUUCUCGGCACCAGAAACAAAAAUUAGGAUUAUCAAAGCAUUUUGAAUAGUGCACUGCCAUGUGUCCUAUCUGAAUGAAGAAGAAUUACCAUUCUCUAUAUGUAGGCAUGCUGUAUGUAACUGACACAAGGGAACAGUAUUUGCGUUUGUACUGUCUUACCAUAUUAUUUAUUUUUUUUUGUAUUUGUUUGUAAAUCUGUGGGCAAAAGAGGGUUUCCCCCUUUACUCUCUGGGUUCAUAUCAGUAAGGGAGAUGCUCCAUCUACUUCAACCCCUUUCUAUUCAGUAACCCAGUCUGCUAGGAGCAUCAGCUUAAUUUGUCACUCAGUGCAAGCAAGCCCAGUGCAGGAUAUUCAUACAGCUCCAAAUAGGUUUGCUGUCUUUUGUUACGGUGCCCAUUUUGAAAUUGCCUACUCAGCUUCAGUGGCCCUCCUCCCCAGAUAACGUUUAAGCAGGAUAAGCUAGGUUUUCUGUUUUUUUUUUUUUUUAAUUGUCACUCUUCAUGGUCAAUUAGCAGUUCAAAUUACAGAAUAUGGUUACUGGA